AUGACGUAUCGUCCUGACCUGCCAGAGAGCGGCGGUUCCAGUGCCAACUCUGGUAGUGGUGGCGGCUCUGACACCUCAUUCACUCCCCGCACCGGCAGUGACGGGAACGGUAGCGGUAACGAGCCCACUUCUGGUGGUGGCGUGAGCAUUGCUCCUCGACGUCCGGCCCCGUCUAGCGGCGGGGGUGGCGGUAGCGAUAUCGGUAACGAUCUUACAUCUGGCAAUGGCAAGGGCUUCUCAUAUAGACGUCCAGCUCCGUCUAGCGGCGGCAACGGUGCCGGCAAGAGCGACUCGGAGACGAGCUUCAAAAAGAGAGAAGAUCUUCCUGGAGGCGGCGGCAGCGGCGACGGUGAUGGAAGCGGAAGCGGCGGCGGCGGCAUCGGCGGCGGAGGAGGAUCGUUCACAGGCCGCAAUCCGACCACCUCUCCACCGAAGCCGAAGCCCCGUCCGCCCAUCUCGGCGCCAAAGCCGGAGCCGCAACCCAGCGCCCCUCCUAGUGACACCGGCGGCAGCGGCGGUGGCGGUAAUGGUGGUGCUAAGGUGGCAACCACAAAGCUUUAUCUGCUGUCGGAGGGCUCUACCAAGGGGCGGUGUUUGGACGGCAGUGCCCCGGGGUACUACCAUCGUCAGGGCUUCGGCACUGGCUCUCGGAAGUGGAUCAUUUUUCUCGAGGGCGGCGGGUGGUGCUUCAGCCUCAAGCAGUGCGCCGUGCGUUCCAAAGGCCUUCUCGGGAGCUCCAACCAAUGGCCAAAGGAGCGCAAGGUGGAGUUCAACGGCGUGGUGAGUCCGAGCAGCCGUGACAACCCGGGCUUCUACAACUGGAACGUGGCAUCUAUUAAGUACUGCGACGGCGGCUCGUUCGCGGGCGGCUCGGGCAUGGCGCGCACCAAGGCCAACGAUACGGUCUUCUUCCUCGGCAACUGGAACCUCAAGGACUCGAUCAAAGACCUCUUGAGCCAGCGCGGCAUGAGCAAGGGCACGGACGUGCUGGUGGCGGGGUGCAGCGCUGGCGCCGUGGCGGUGUCGAUGCUGUGCGAUCAGAUCGCGGGCCAGCUCAAGCCCUUCGGCCUCAAGACCAAAUGCCUCAUGGACGCCGGGUUUAUCCCAGAUGUGAAGGACUACAAGGGUCAGUUUUCCCUGCGUGAGAAGGUCGGGCGCAUGACUCAGCUGCAGAGCUUCAACGGCAUCGGGAUCAACGGCGACUGCCAGCAAGCGAAUCCUGGGCAGAGUUGGAAAUGUUUUUUUCCGCAGUACAAUCUCAAGUACAUCCGGACCCCGACCUUCCUUGUGAACUCGCUUGCGGACUACAAGGGCGUGGCGCUCUCGUUGGCUCCUCGCUCCAAAAAGAAGAGCAACCCUAUCAUCAAGUGCCUCUCUUCCAACUACGACAAGGCCAAGUGCACUCCGCAGCAGCUCGCUCUUCUUCAAAACUAUUCCCAAGGGAUCAAAUCAUCGCUGGACGAGAUUUCACAUAACCGCGCAUCGGCCAACGUGCAGUUCAAAGUGUUCACGUACACCCAGUCCACGCACUGCGUUAUGGGUGAUGCUCUUUGGAGCCAGCUCAAGUCUGCAGACCAGCCCACCAUUGCAAACAAACGACUCUCUUCGACGUAUGGAAGCGUCACUGGUGCCAUCGCCAACACAUUGAAGAACUCGUUUAUGGACUGCUAUCCACCACCAGCUCUCCUUCCUGAUCGUCCUGCUCUCCUCUUUCGUCCUUCCCUGUGUUCUCUCCUUUCCCCAUCCGUUCCCCUCCGUCCCCACCGUCCCUCGGCCCUCUCGUCCCCGCGCAGUCCGCCGGGGUUCUACCACCGGCAGGGGCACGGCGCGGGGGCGAACAAGUGGCUGAUCUACCUGCAGGGCGGCGGGUGGUGCUACAGUGUCACGGGGUGCAGCUUCCGCGCAACCACCGUGCUCGGGAGCACCCGCUUCUACGUGCCGCCAUCUAACCCCGCGUUCGAGUCCACGCUGCGCAAGUAUGGCACGCAAUUCAGCGGAAUGCUGAGCGCGAGCGCGCAGGAGAACCCCGCGUUCUUCAACUGGAACACCGUCAUGGUGCUCUACUGCGACGGCGGCGGCUUCGCGGGCAGCGGCCAGCGCAUCGCCGUCAACCGCACCACCACGCUCUUCUCGCACGGCUCGCGCAUCAUCAACGCCGUGUUACAAGAGCUGACCACGCGGCGCGGCAUGGCGGCGGCCGCCAAGGUGGUGCUGAGCGGGUGCUCCGCGGGUGGGCAGGCGGUGAGCGCCGUGUGCAACCGCGUGGGCGCCGCCGUGCCGCGGGCCAACGUGAAAUGCAUCAUGGACGGCGGGUUCUUCCUCGACGCGGACGACGUGACGGGGCAGAAGUACUUCCGCAGCCUCGCCAAGUCCAUUGUCGCGCUGCACCGCCCCUUCGUCGACCCCGCCUGCCGCCAGAUGUACGGCACGCAGGUGUGGAAGUGCUUCUUCCCGCAGAACAACCUCUACUUUGUGCGCCGCCCUGUCUUCAUAGUCAACUCAGUGGCGGACUUUGCCGCCAUAGACAUCGCCAACCAGGGCCAGAACGAGUCCUCUACCACCAGCAUCACGCACUGCAUGAACAAGCUCUUUCUCAAGGCCGGCGCUCCCCCCACUGCCGCUGCUGCUGCUGUCUCUGACUCCGCUCCUGCUGAUGCUGCUGAUGCCGGGGCUGUGGGGGCGGUGGCAGCGGAGUUUGGUCCGGUGGGGGAUGAGGAGAAGGAGGCGGAGGCAUGGGGUGGAGAUGCUGUAGCUUCCAGUGAGCAGACCCGCACUGCUCGGUCUACUGCUUUCUCUUCUCCUGCUUUCCCAGCAGCGUCUGGCGCACAUGCAAAUGCAGGGCUAGUAGACGGAGAAACAUACGAUCAGUUUUCUGCUGUUUUCCACACGCCACAAGGUGUGCCAUCGCCCCACCCACGGUGGUCGAUAGAAGGAGACACGCAUGUGCAACUCGUCCCCUUCAACCCCACCACGAGCACCACCGGCGCCACCAGCAGAAGCUUCACGGCCCUUCACGGCGCUACAGCUACCAUCACAAGAUUCGACCAUGACAGGGACAGAGACCGGGACAACGAAGGAGACAGGGACAGCAGCAAGAGCAGAAGCAAGAGCAGCACCAGCAGCAGCGGCAGUGAGUGCUCUUCAGCGGAGAUGGCAGCGAUACAGACGUACUCGCGGCGGUCCAUCAUGCGAAUCCGCGCUGUGCUGCGCGCCAAGCCUUCAUUCGGGUUCUUCCUGGUGGGCACCAUCGGCCACUGCACCACCAUCUACCCCUCGUGGGCGCAGGUCGCCCGCAAGAAGGAGAACCUGCGCCAGGAGCUCACCACGUGGAUUGGACCCUAG